GAAGAACCCCGUCUUUUUCGCCUCACCUCCUUUCCCCUUUUUUCUCGCAACCAUAAAGGGGGAUUUCCGACUCUGCCGCCUCGCGCCUUCGUUUCCCCAAUACCAUCAUAUCCCUCCAAAUUAGCAAAAAGCCAGAGAGUUUCUGCCCUAGAAUCAUCGGAUCGAAACCCCUAGGGUUUCUCCCGGUCUGAUGAGUUUCUCCUUCCACCGCCAAUGGCCCCAGCUCUCUUUCUUCCUCUCCUCCUCCUCCGCCUCAUCGGAUUCGUUCUACUGGUCCCGGGAAUCGCCGACCCGAACCCUAGUUCUUGGCUGGCAACUGCUGCCGAGGAGGAGGGGCUGGAUCGGGGAGGGGAGUUCUCGAUCUUGAGCUACGAGUCCUCCUGGCACGAUUACUCCCCGCCGUCGCCUCCCCCGCCGGCGUCCCCGGUGCCGCCGUCGUGUUCUUGCGAGGCGGACCUCGGCGGCGCCGGGGAUUUCGACACAGUGUGCGAGGUCCGCUCCAGCGUGCAGCUGUCGGAGGAUAUCUACAUGACGGGGAGCGGCAGCCUCGUUCUCCUUUCCGGCGUCAUUCUCAGCUGCCCGGUCGCCGGGUGCUCCAUCACCGGGAAUAUCUCCGGUGAGGUCCGGCUCGGGUCGAACUCCGGGAUUGUCGCAGGGACCGUGAAAUUGGUGGCUGCCAACAUGACUGUUCCCGAGAGGGCGGUGCUGAACACCACGGCUUUGGCUGGAGCCCCGCCACCGCAGACCAGUGGGAGGCCGUCCGGGACUAAUGGGGACGGCGGGGGGCAUGGGGGAAGGGGGGCGAGCUGUGUGGUGAAGGAGGGGCAGACUCAGGAGGACUCUUGGGGUGGGGAUGCCUAUUCUUGGUCUUCUCUGGACCAGCCUGACAGCUAUGGCAGCAGGGGAGGCACGACGAGCAGGGAGGAGGACUAUGGGGGAGGAGGAGGUGGUCGGGUCUGGCUGCUGGUGGAGGAUUUGCUCGAGGUUGAUGGGAUUAUCAGUGCUGAUGGUGGUGACGGCGAUCCGAACGGCGGUGGAGGGUCAGGCGGGAGCAUCUAUAUAAAGGCUUCUAAAAUGAAGGGAAGUGGCAAGAUCAGUGCUUCAGGUGGUAGUGGCUUAGCCGGGGGAGGAGGAGGACGAGUCUCCAUCGAUGUUUUUAGCAGGCAUGAUGACCCAAAAGUUUUUGUUCAUGGUGGAAGGAGUUUUGGCUGUCCAGAGAACUCUGGUGCUGCAGGGACUUUUUAUGAUGCUGUCCCUAAAAGCCUUAUUGUUAACAACAACAACUUCUCAACAGAGACCGAUACGCUUCUUUUGGAAUUUCCUAAUCAGCCACUUUGGACAAAUGUUUUUGUUAAAAAUCGUGCCAAAGUGGUUGUUCCUUUACUGUGGAGUCGUGUACAGGUCCAAGGACAACUUAGCCUGCUUUGUGGUGGUGUGUUGACUUUUGGUCUGACUCAUUAUCCUUACUCGGAAUUUGAGCUUAUGGCUGAAGAACUUCUAAUGAGUGAGUCGAUAAUCAAGGUAUUUGGGGCUUUGCGCAUGUCUGUAAAGAUGCUCUUGAUGUGGAAUUCCAGAAUGCUUAUCAAUGGGGGUGGGGAUACGAUAGUUGCGACAUCAUUACUUGAAGCUAGCAAUUUAAUUGUUUUGAAGGAAUCAUCCAUGAUACAAUCUAAUGCCAAUCUUGGUGUUCAUGGUCAAGGCCUACUGAAUUUAUCUGGACCUGGAGAUCUGAUUGAAGCACAACGUCUAAUUUUAUCACUCUUCUACAGCAUCCAUGUUGGUCCUGGAUCUGUUUUACGUGGUCCCUUAAUAAAUGCAACUAAAGAUGAUAUGGCCCCAAGGUUGAAUUGUGAAGUACAAAAUUGCCCCAUGGAAUUAAUCCAUCCACCUGAAGAUUGCAAUGUGAACUCUUCACUAUCUUUCACCCUUCAGAUUUGUCGUGUUGAAGAUAUUGAUGUUGAAGGCCUUAUACAAGGAACUGUUAUUCAUUUCCAUAGGGCAAGAAGUGUUGUUGUGCACUCUUCUGGAAAAAUUAGUGCUACUGGGUUGGGCUGCAAAGGUGGUGUUGGUAGGGGAAAAAUUUCAAGCAGUGGUCUUGGUGGUGGUGGUGGGCAUGGCGGUAAAGGUGGAGAUGGUUUCUAUAAUGGCACUUUUGUUGAGGGCGGCAUUGCAUAUGGAAAUGCUGACUUGCCCUGUGAGCUUGGUAGCGGCAGUGGUAAUGACAGCACAACAACGUCAACAGCUGGCGGGGGCAUCAUAGUGAUGGGUUCAUUGGAGCAUUCACUAUCAAGUUUGUCUGUUCAUGGUUCAGUUGAGGCUGAUGGUGAAAGUUCCAGGGAUGUUGGUCAUAAUGAUGCUACAAUUAAUGCCUCAAAUGGAGGCCCUGGUGGUGGUUCUGGGGGUACAAUUCUUCUGUUUCUGCAUACAUUGGCCCUUCAUGACACUUCUGUCCUUUCGAGUGUGGGUGGGCUUGGUAGUCAUAAUGGUGGUGGUGGUGGAGGUGGUGGAAGAAUUCACUUUCAUUGGUCUAAUAUUCCUACAGGAGAUGAAUAUCUCCCAGUUGCCGCUGUGAAGGGAAACAUAAGCACAAGGGGAGGCAAAAGUAGAGGUGAAGGUUUUGCUGGGGAAAAUGGAACAAUUACCGGAAAAGCUUGCCCAAAAGGUCUUUAUGGAAUUUUUUGCAAGGAAUGCCCUUUAGGAACUUUUAAGAAUGCCACUGGAUCUGAUAAGGCUCUUUGUUAUCAGUGCCCCUCUGCUGAGCUUCCCCAUCGUGCUGUUUAUAUAAGUGUUCGAGGCGGUGUUGCUGAAACCCCUUGCCCAUAUAAAUGUAUAUCUGAAAGAUAUCACAUGCCACACUGUUAUACAGCUCUUGAAGAGUUAAUAUACACUUUUGGUGGACCAUGGCUGUUUGGUCUUCUUCUCUCUGGUCUUCUUGUCUUAUUAGCUCUAGUUUUAAGUGUUGCACGGAUGAAGUUUGUCGGCACUGAUGAACUACCAGGCCCUGCUCCAACUCAACAUGGGUCUCAAAUUGAUCAUUCCUUCCCAUUUCUGGAAUCACUGAAUGAGGUCUUGGAAACUAACAGAGUUGAGGAGUCCCAGAGUCAUGUGCAUAGAAUGUACUUUAUGGGUCCAAAUACCUUCAGCGAGCCUUGGCAUCUCCCGCAUUCUCCUCCUGAGCAAAUUAUAGAGAUUGUGUACGAGGAUGCAUUUAAUAGGUUUGUUGAUGAGAUUAAUGCCCUCGCUGCCUAUCAGUGGUGGGAGGGAUCAAUCCACAGUAUUUUAUGUAUACUUGCAUAUCCCCUUGCGUGGUCGUGGCAACAAUGGCGCCGGAGAAAGAAGUUGCAGCGGCUACGUGAAUUUGUUCGAUCAGAAUAUGAUCAUGCAUGCCUACGUUCUUGCCGUUCACGCGCUCUUUAUGAAGGGCUUAAGGUGGCUGCAACUCCAGAUCUAAUGCUGGGAUAUGUAGAUUUUUUUCUUGGUGGAGAUGAAAAAAGACCUGAUCUUCCUCCUCGUCUGCAUCAAAGAUUUCCCAUGUGUUUAAUCUUUGGAGGUGAAGGAAGUUACAUGGCUCCUUUUUCACUCCACAGUGACAAUGUCCUCACUAGCCUCAUGAGCCAGUCUGCGCCACCAACAAUAUGGUAUCGGCUGGUGGCUGGAUUAAAUGCGCAGUUGCGUCUGGUUCGUCGUGGACACCUUAAAGUGUCAUUUUUGCCUGUUCUCAGCUGGCUUGAAACUCAUGCAAAUCCUGCUCUGAAUUUGCAUGGUGUAUGUGUUGAUCUUGCCUGGUUUCAAGCUACUACAUGUGGCUACUGCCAACUUGGUCUUGUGGUAUAUGCUGUAGAAGGUGAAUCUGGGGCUACAGUGGUUGAUGGUGAUUCUAGAACUUUAAAGGUUGAACAACCUUCACGAGUGUACAAUACCCAUAGAGAUAUUCAACCAGUCCACUUGAGAAACAGAGAAGCUGUUGCAUGUAAAAGGAUUAGUGGAGGAAUUAUAGAUACGUACAGCCUCCGGAUGCUUGAAGACAAGAAAGAUCUGUUUUAUCCUUUCUCUCUAUUAGUGCAUAAUACUAAACCUGUUGGCCAUCAGGAUCUUGUUGGUCUGGUCAUCUCAAUACUGCUCUUGGCAGAUUUUAGCUUAGUGUUGCUUACGUUGCUUCAACUAUAUUCCUUUUCUAUGGCGGAUAUCUUCUUAGUUUUGUUUGUUCUUCCUCUUGGUAUACUUUCACCAUUCCCUGCUGGAAUAAAUGCCCUCUUUAGUCAUGGACCUCGACGAUCAGCAGGCCUAGCACGUGUAUAUGCUUUGUGGAAUAUUACAUCCUUGAUUAAUGUUGUAGUGGCCUUCAUAUGUGGGUUCGUACAUUACAAAUCAUCCAGCCGGAAACAUCCAAGCCUACAACCCUGGAGUUUGGGCGCGGAUGAAAGCGGAUGGUGGCUGUUUCCUACUGGUCUAGUGGUGUGUAAAUGUAUCCAGGCAAGACUCGUCGAUUGGCAUGUUGCUAAUUUAGAGAUCCAAGACCGUUCGCUGUAUAGUAAUGACCCAAACGUAUUCUGGCAGUCAUAACAAUUUGAGUGAUUGGAGUUAGAUGCAACUCGAUUUUUUUUGGAGUUGAAAAGAGAGGGAGGGAAUAGGCCUUCUUUCUGCAUCAGGUCCUUUUUUUUUUGGCAUCAGGUCCUAUUUAGCAGUCGAUCAGAGUUUAACAUCCCUCGUGAAUCUUGUGCAGUGAUAGUUUUUCACUUCAUUGUAAAUAUAAAGGCGUACUCCAUUCAUUCUUUGUAGAGAUAUCGAAUUACAAUGACAUUAUAUAAUGGCUUAAUGGCUCUGUCUAACAAGAAAUAGGAAGUUCUUGUCGCAAUCCAAGGCGGUCAUAUGCUGCAUUUCUUCA